ACUCGUCUCUCCACCCCCACAACGUCGCGCGACUUCUAUCUGUUGAACCAUGACAACAAUCUCGAAAGACGCUCAGCAGAGCUCCUACNCCGUAUACCGAUAGCUCCGCCAGACUUCAAUGCACACCAACCAAAGACCGUCAGGCUAUAUCCCUUGAGCAACUACACCUUCGGCACAAAAGAGACUCAACCAGAAGAAGACNCCUCAGUCCUCGCUCGUCUGAAGCGUCUGGAAGAACAUUACGAUGCGUAUGGCAUGAGAAGAACCUGCGAAGGUAUCCUUGUAUGCCACGACCACAAUCACCCACACGUCCUGAUGCUACAAAUCGCGAACGCCUUCUUCAAACUUCCUGGAGACUAUCUCCCACACGACGCCGAUGAGAUUGAGGGUUUCAAGAUUAGGCUGAAUGAAAGACUCGCUCCCUCGGGCAACCAGUUCUCCAACGACGGCAAUGAAGGCGAAUGGGAGAUUGGCGAGACGCUUGCGCAGUGGUGGAGGCCCAACUUUGAGACCUUCAUGUACCCCUUCAUCCCGCCGCAUGUCUCUCGCCCGAAAGAGUGCAAGAAGCUGUACUACAUUCAGCUACCCAAGAGCAGUACGUUGUGUACUACUAUUCCAUGCGCCCGGCAAAUACUGACAUGUCAAUUACAGAGGNUCUUGAGUGUACCAAAGAACAUGAAGCUGCUCGCCGUGCCCCUCUUCGAGCUAUACGAUAACGCUCAGCGCUACGGUCCCCAGCUCUCUGCCAUUCCUCAUCUACUCUCCCGCUACAACUUCGAGUUCGUCGACGAGAAUGGCAAGGUCUCAGCCGUGACACCAGGAGGUAACCCGAACGAGGGCAGCGUGCCCAGGACAAAGGUGCUUGCAGGCGGCGACGAGCCUGUGCAACAAGAAAAUGGAGCCCAGCAGGAUUCAAAGAUGAGCUGA